AAAUCAGAAGUAACAACUAUAUCUUAUACUGAAGAACAGCAAGAAAUUGAAAACAGUCUAUUAUAUAAAGAACUUAACAAACCAAAAAAGAAUAAAGACCUCGAAGACUUUGACAAAUAUUUAAUUGUUUUGGGAGCAAUAACACUCGCAGAACAAAAACCAGAAGACUUUGAACAUAGAUACUAG